UGACGUCGAACUUGGGAGAGCUUUGGUGGUGUGUCUUGAGGAAUCAGUUCAUUUUCAUUAGAUCCUCUGGCAUCUGGGCAAACCAGGAGCAAGAAAAGACCAGAACAAUGCCGACUGCCAGAAGGUUAAUCUUGGGUCAUGUGAUGAGUGGUGUCUGUCACAAGAUGAACCGGACGAAGCGUCUGCCUGCGGACUUGCUCGAGACUCCACUCAAUCGUUGUCUCAGCACCUUGGACAUUACUCUUCUGGGGGUGGGCCAUAUGAUUGGAGCUGGAAUUUAUGUGCUCACUGGCACAGUGGCGAAGGAAAUUGCUGGUCCCGGAAUCAUCAUUUCUUUUAUUCUAGCUGGAUUUGUUUCCAUGCUGGCUGCUCUCUGUUAUGCUGAGUUUGGAACAAGAGUACCCAAAGCGGGCAGUGCCUAUAUCUAUUGUUAUGUUUCUGUUGGUGAAUUCUGGGCUUUUGUAAUUGGAUGGAAUAUCCUCCUGGAGCAUAUGUUGGGUGCUGCCUCAGUGGCACGUGCUUGGAGUGGAUACGUUGACUCUAUGGUAGGUGGGCUUGUGUCCAAUGUCACUAUAUCCAUCACUGGUGAGAUGCACGAGCAACUUCUAGCCAAGUACCCUGACAUCCUUGCCUUUCUGGUGUGCAUAAGUUAUGCCGUGGCACUAGGUUCCGGAGCAAAAGCCACUGCCGUACUCAAUGGUCUCCUGACUGUUGUAAAUCUGGCCGUGAUGACAGGUGUAGUUGUUCUGGGUUUCUGGCAUGCUGAUAUUCGCAAUUGGUCUGCUGAUGAAGGAGGAUUCAUGCCAUAUGGUAUUACUGGAGUGCUAGCUGGUGCUGCUACCUGCUUCUACGCAUUUGUAGGCUUCGACAGUAUCGCUACAUCUGGAGAAGAGGCUCGAAGUCCCUCCACUUCUAUCCCUCUUGCCACUAUAAUGUCCCUAAGCGCUGUGACCAUUGUUUACGUGCUUGUAAGUGCUGCCCUAACAUUAAUGGUACCCAUUCGUAGUAUUCAUCCAACGGCCGCUAUUCCGGAAGCAUUUGGAGCCUUAGAUCUCCCUUGGGCUAAGUAUGCCAUCUCAAUGGGUGCUCUCUGUGGCAUGACAACAACUCUUCUGGGCUCUCUGUUUGCUCUACCCCGAUGCAUGUACGCUAUGGCUUCUGAUGGACUACUCUUUUCAUGUUUUGGGGCAGUCAAUGCCAAGACUCAGGUGCCACUGCUAAAUCUCGCCGUAGCAGGCUUUCUAAGUGCCCUGCUGGCCCUACUCUUUGACCUGGAAAAACUUGUGGAAUUUAUGUCUAUUGGUACACUUCUCGCCUAUACCAUUGUCAGCGCUAGUGUCAUCAUCCUGCGUUACAGAGCUCCAAUGGCAGAUUCUGGAACAGUUUUCGCUCCUGAUACUCCCGAAGAUGAUCACUCCUCGCAGUCUAGCAUUGAUACAGCAUCACCUACCAGUGAUGUCAUUGAGAUGGCCCUUACGGGUCGCUUGAGGCCUCAAUUUCGAUGGCUCGAACCUGUGUUGGGUCGCUGUGAGCCAGGAGCUGCAGCAUCCACAGCUGUUCUUCUCUUUACUGUGUUCAGUGUUGCCAUUUGUCUUCAGUUGAAGGUGUCAUGGACAGAAUUGCUACAUGGCACUUGGUGGGCUCUUUGUCUCUACGGUUUUCUCAUUUUCUGCCUGGUGGCAUGUGUAGUGGUUAUUGCUGCUCAUCAUCAGAAUGUCCGACACUUGGACUUUAAAGUUCCCCUUGUACCGUAUAUUCCAUGUCUUAGCAUUUUCUGCAACAUCGAAUUAAUGGUGCAUCUGAGCCUCCUUACGUGGAUUCGUUUCUUCAUCUGGAUUUCCGUGGGAAUGCUCGUGUAUUUCCUGUAUGGUAUCCACCAUAGCAAGGAAGCUGAGGACUGUGGAACAUCGUAUUCCAUGCUGAUGACUUCUGCAGAGGCCAGCAAAGGACACUGGGGUGCUCUUCAAACUAAAUCAUCAGCAAAGAGCACUCCUGCCAAAGACGACAAAAAACCCAUCAUUGAGGAAGAAGAAGUGCCAGAGUAAAUCCUUAAAAUUCUAUUCAUCCUUCAUUUUAGUCAAAUGUGCAGAUAUCUUCUACAAUUCUGUCUAAUUCCUCAAUUGUCUACGCGAAGGGGAUGUAGGAUUAAUGAUUAAUUUAAAAUGAAAUUAUCUUCCCUAACAAAGAAUUUUUUUUCAUUAUUAUUAGUGAGGAUAAUUAAUUCUGAAAUUUGAAAGAGGUUAAGUUGUAGAAUAAGGUUAUGUUUGAAGUUACAUAGCCUAUAGAUGCGCACUCAUAAGAUUGUGAUUUUUAAAUAUAUUUUUCCAUAAAAAUUCUGGAUUUAAGAGUACAGAGACAAUUUAUAAAUGUUCCAAAUUAAACAUUUUACACAUAAUAGUUUUCAUGGUUAUGUUUUACAUAACCACAAAUUUAUGUAGGGUUCUUGUAGUGAAACAAUAUUUUCAAAAGCUCACUUCAAUUAAUUGUUUUAUUUUGUUUUAAUUUUUUUCAGUUAUCAGUGAAAUACAUAUACUGACAAUAAUUACUUUUAGGUUAAAUAACUUCAAAUAAAACCUAACUUUCAACAUAACCUCUCUUGUUUGUUUCAUAAAUCUUCACUAAAAAUUUUUACUUUAUUUAAGAACGUUAAAAUUAAGUACCUCGACCAAUAAUGAAAGAAAAACAAAUAUUUUACCACGAUCAAACCUAUCGCAAAAAAUAGAUCAAUUAUGUAUUUUCUUCAAAGCAUUACUUUUAAAAUGGCUUUGUGAGACCAAUAUUAAAAUUACCACUUGAAAAUUGGAUCAUAAAAAAAGUGGUGAUAAUGAUACAAAAGGUCAUAGUAUUUCGGAACGUUCGAACUCAAGAUUUUUGUAUAAUGUUCUAAACAUUGCUUGAAUAAUAUUUUUUUUUAAUCAUGAAUAUGGUAAAGUGCCCUCGCUCGACCGGUUCCUCGUCUCGACCGGUAGAUUUAUAUAUUCAAUUUAUUUAUAUUUGCUAUAAUAUUUUGCGUAUGAUAUAACAUUGAUAGGUCAAUUAUUCCAUGAAUAAUACGAACCAGUGACAAAUUCAUAGAAAUCGACGAAAUUGACCAUCAAACACUCAAAAAUUGACCCACCGGUCGAAUUGAGGAACCCGGUCGAAUGACGGUACUUUACGUUAUCGCAUUCACUAUAAUAAAUUUUCGAUAUUUUUUCCGUUCUUAAUGAUUCACAAUCAAUUUGAAAGAAUUUAUAGAUCACUUAAAAGAUCGCACAAAGUAGCUGAAAAAUAAUGAUAAUAAUACAAUUGAAUUUCGAAAGAGAAUUAUCGGUUCAUUACCGGUUCAUAAUCAAUUCAUUUGGGUGUACCUCAAUCGAUCAGAAUGGGCAUCGGAUCUAUAAGAUCUAUGUCUAGAGAUCUUUGUUCGGCCUGCGCACAGGAAUUCUUAAAGAAAAAUGUUUAACUACUUACAUAAUAUUUCAGAAUAAUUUAGUCAAAGCACUACAAUUGACCAUAUCCAAACUUAGUAACAUGAACACGCAAAAAGUAUUCCCAUUUGAAGUUAGCACACUGGGCAAUUUUAGUUGAUCUGUACAAGAAUAAUACGAAAAAGGAACGUACAAACGAAACUAAACAAAAAUAAAAUUAAUAAUAAAUUCAUUACUGUUUCAUAAGCGUUAGGAGAGA